AUGGAUGAACGAGAAAAGUCACACAACAAAAUAACCUCUAAUUCAGAAGAUUCUAUAAAAAUGGAGGAAACAACAGAUGAAAAUUGGACAAAUGUUAAAACAAUUUAUCAAAAUGGGCCAACAGCUAAUUCAUCAAUACUUGAUAAAAAUGAUAAAGAUGCUGUUAUUUCUUAUUCAACAAAUCGUGAAAAAGUAUAUCACGGAAAUGCAGGAACUAUUGAAGAGAUACAUGUUCUGGAAAGCUCCGGUAGAACUACUAGAGAUUUUGCCGAGGAACAUUGGUCUUCAAAAAUCAAAUCAUAUGUAAUGCCUCAACCACCUAAAUUUGUACAGGUAAUUAAAGCAUUUCGAGUGUUAGCUACUGAUACGUUGACACUUGUCGUUGAAGUACAAAGUGAUCCACCCGCUAUUUUUGAAUGGUUCUGCAAUGACAGACCAGUGCAACAAAACCGACGCAAAUUUAAGGCACGUCAUGGAAUCAACAUUACCACCCUGACCGUUGAGGGCCCGGAACAGGGUGUUUAUAAAUGUACUGCGAGAAAUCCCGUCGGUAUAUCUACAACUUAUGGUUAUAUUACAGUCAAUGCUCCGCAACCACACAAAACAUUGUUGGAGCAAACACAUGAAGUUAAUGAAGAAAUGAAAAUGGAAAUUGUCGAUAAAGAAAAUAUCCAAAUACCAAUUGAUAUACCACCCAAAUUUAUUCAUCAGAUACCAAAUUUGACAUUGCGACCUGGUAGUGAGGCGCUUAUUGAUGUUGAAGUUCAAGCAUCACCUGCAGCCAAAUUUACCUGGUACGUGAAUGGUAUCCAGUUUCGCGAUACAAUCGGACAAAUUGAAGUUUAUUAUCCAAUGAAUAAUCGUUGUAUUGCCCGAUUUCCAAUUCCACAAAAGGGUGAAUACAAAGUAAUUGCGGAAAAUAGAGCUGGUAAAGCAUACAGCAUCGGUCAUAUCGAUAUCAAAAAUGAAAUUACGUAUCAUCAAACACAGUUACCACCUCUGCCAAGCGAUCAUAUGUAUUAUAAUUCGUGCAACAGCGAAUCUGAACAUCGUGAAAAAUCAUUGUUACAAGGCAGAGGACGAGCAUCUUCGGUGAAUAGAAUGGUUGAUUAUUAUGAAGAAAGUAGCUAUUAUCAACGCUCGACAAGCUUGCCGAGACAAAUUGAUUAUCCAUAUGAAAUUAAGAAAACAACGGAGAUCAUUCGAAAGUGCGAAGAUGACUCGAAUCAGUUGCAACAACAACAACAACAACAACAGAAAGAGCAACAAGAUCAUGAACAACAAUAUUUGUCUUCAAGAAAUCUUGUUGAAAUGGAAGAUGAGCAAUUACGGGCAAUGAAACAUCGACGUUAUAGCGAAACAAAACAAUAUUUGUUACCUCAGAAACCAGUUUUUACUAGUAAACUACCGAUAGAUGUUGCGGUAAGUCCCGGUGAGGAUCUGGUGCUCAAUGUUGAUUUUAAAGCAAUUCCAAGAGCAGAUGUGAAAUGGAAUGUAAACGGUUUUGAAUUAAAAGAUUCAAAAAAAGUCACAAUAAUUAAUGAGGAAAAUCAUUCAACACUUAUUUGUCGUCCUCCAGUUCGUUAUGGACGUUAUAAUGUCACAAUGAGGAAUGAGUACGGUAUGAGCAAUCAAACUACACGAGUGCAUUAUGGUGAAGAAAAACAAUAUGAAGAAGUCAAAGAAUCACAUUUAUUAUCCAAUAAUGUCACUGAACAUCCAGUACCUGCUUAUACUACUACCACACUAGUUAAUGGAUGGGAAUUGGUCGAUGAGCAACAGCGAUCUAGCAAAUCGGCAGAUUCAUUCGAAACUGUUAAAUAUGUGGAAACAGUACGAGCGGCUACAGAAGGACAUGAAACACCCACUCCGCAUGAUCAGACACCUACUCCAUGUCACCCGUUCGAUUCUUCUACGUAUACUUUACGACAAAGUGAAGAAGGUAGUCGUGAAAUAAUGGCAAUGAGUUACGAAGCCUCAACAAUUCCACCACAACCAUUGACAAAACCAAUGACACCUGUCAUCCAUGAACCGCUACUAGGAAUGAGCAUUUCUGUAGUUCCUGAAGCAUCGUAUUCAUCUCCCUAUGCAGAAAAACGAUACGAAGAAAUCACAAGUGGUAUAUCAAAAAUUACUUAUGAACCAUCCAAACCUGCUGAACCGAUAUUACAUAAACCGCUAACAGAUAUGACAUUUGCGGAACAAAGAUAUGAAGAUGUUCGUGCGGGAAGCGAAGUUAUGAUUCAUAGAGUACCAUCCUCAAAACCACAAUCACAAAAAGAAAUUGUGGAGCACAGAAUUAUAGAAAAGAAAACAUCGCACAUUCCAGUACAACGUGUUAUGGAACCAAUUCCAAAGCAUCCAUUCAUUUUGAAACAGCCUGAGUCAGAAAUCCAUCUCAAAGCAGGUGAAAAGCUUGUGUUGGAAUCUAAAGUUGAUUCAUCUCCAGUAUCUCAAUUCAAGUGGUAUCAAAAUAAUUUUGAAGUACGGCCAUCACCAUCUGUGAUUAUUGAGAGCCCAGGAGUGAAUGAAAGUCGGGCUACAUUUUUGAAACCUACCAGUGGUACUUAUAAAAUGGUAGCUUCCAAUAUUCAUGGUUCUUGUAGCAGCACAACUCGUGUAGUUACAGAAGUCACCGAAGAAUGGACAACAGAGUCUAGCAUCAUUCGGGCAGUGCCAGAAAAGCAAGAACCAAAAUACCAGCUUACAAAGAGAUCUCAUAUCGAGACACGAAAUGAUUUACCCAAAGCGCCACGAAUUGUGGAAGGUUUCGCUCCACUUCUCAAAAUCGCCGGUAAUGAACCGCUGGUAUUGCGCGUUACUGCAGAUGCAAUACCGGAAGCGGAAUUCCGUUGGACGUUAAAUAAUUUUGAAGUAAAACCAAAUCGAACAGUCACUAUUCAACGCCUUGGUCCAAAUGUUUCACAAGUUACAUUCCAUAAUCCCAUAAAUGGACGCUACGAAGUGGUAGCUACGAAUUCGUUGGGUCAAGAUUACUGUUCUGGGAAAAUAAUUAUUGAUUAUGCAGAAGAAGCACAAACUACUCCUGUUGAGCCAGUCAAGAGGCCAACCGUUCCUAAAAUUCCUGUAUUUAUCAAACCGUUACCAGGAGAAACACAGUUGUACUCCGAAGAACAAGAAUUCCGCCUUUCCGUAUUAGUGAACGGUGAGAAACCGAUUACAUUCCGCUGGUUUGCGGAUGGCAGUCUUCUGUCGAAUAGCGUUGAGCAUCAAAUGAUUAAUGAUUUGGAAAAUAGUACGUUAGUUGUACGGAAACAAAUUGGAUGUGAUAUUGAUUAUGCUGUUGAAGUUUCUAAUGCUUACGGAGCUGCUUGGUCCGAAACUACGGUAAAACCACCAUUGUCAACAACACCUUUAGCUACCAGUACAGCUUCACCGGAAAGUUCACAACUAGAAAUAUACGAUGCGCAGCGAUACUCUCCACGUUAUACCAUUGUGUUGAUGGACAGAGAUUUGCAGCAAAAUGAUGAAUUUACCGCACGUGUAGCUAUUAAUACAGAAUCCAAUCCGUGUGAGUUUGUCUGGACGCUCAAUGGACGUGAUAUCCGUACAAUUCCUGGAUUUCGCGUUGAGUCGACUUUCUAUGAGUCUACUCUUUACAUCAAAUCAGCCUCAUCAAAGCAUCAUGGCGAAUUAUCUGUUACAGCAAGCAACAAAUAUGGUACUGCAAGAUCAGCAGCUAAAAUCACCGUUCACCCAUUACAUGAAGAAUCGUAUGAAUUUAUUUCGGGAGUAGAAACUAUACCAACCGAGCGGCCACCACAAAUUAUUUCGCCUCUGCUACCUUCCGUUUUUCGAGCGGAAUAUGUAGGUGAAUCACUGGAAUUAGGCUGUUGCGUUGAUGGUUUACCACGACCGGAAGUAUUCUGGACUAAGGAUGGAAUUCGUAUCGAUGAUGGGAUGACAGAAAAAGAACUCAUCACUCUUCAAUAUCCGGAUGGUAGGUAUGAACUGAUCAGUCAAAAAUGUGCGCCGGAAGAUGCUGGUUUGUAUCAGUUAACGGCUCGUAAUAUCCAUGGUACCGCGAAUACUUCGGCUUAUAUUCACAUUGAAAGGAGAGAAGUAAUGGAAACAACAACAACAACAGAAACGAAUGGUGAAAUACAAGUGAUUCAUCCGGCAACAUCAAAGCCACGAUUCAGCAAGGUAAUGUCGAAGCAGUAUGAAUACGAUAUGGUUGUGAGCUGCAAAGUGAUAAGCGAAACACCAGCUGUGGUGUCAUGGUAUAAAAAUGGACAAUGUCUCCAUCAGACUUAUAAAUAUCGCAUGCAGAAAUUGUCUGACAACACGUAUACUCUUACGAUAUGCAAUGUCGACAAAUGGGAUGAAGGUUCAUAUAUCUGUCGUGCUGAAAAUAGGUAUGGUAGCUCAGAAACAGGAAUCUAUAUCCGACCUGUAGUAAGAUCCCGAGAAACAAGCGAAGUAUUGGUUGAAGAAACUGAUAGUGAAGUAGUUGGAUUACAAGAUGAUAUUGGUUAUGUAAACAAAAAAUACAUCGAUACAACGGUUAAAGUAUUAGUAGAGCCUGAAGUAAGUGGUAGCCAAGAAAUAUACAGCCAUACAGCUGAACUACGAAAAACCGAAGCAGAGUAUAAGUUGCUGGUAAAAGUUGCGGAAAUUGUUGCAAGUAAACUAGUCGCUAAAGUUGUAAUCGAUGAAGCAAUACGUGUAGCAUUAAGACGAAUAAAUGCAGAAGUGCAAUCUAGUGAAGAGGAAGAAUUUGAACCAAUCUGUGAACAACGUCCACAUCCGCCAAGAUUUGAAACAAAUAUCGAAAGUUAUACUGUUGAUGUCGGUGAUGCUGUUGUGUUGCCUACUGAUAUUAGUGGAUAUCCUCAACCACAUGUUGAAUGGUACUUUGGUGAACAAAAACUUGAACAAUCCGAACAAAUUGAAGUCAAGUACAUAAAUAAGCAAGCCAUAUUGACAAUUAAGAAUGUGGAAAAGAAACAUGAAGGAACUUAUUAUUGUCAUGCUGAGAACGAGCAUGGAAAAGCUGUGUUAUCAUGCAGUUUAUGCGUAAAUGAUACUUCCCUUGAAUGGUCUGAAUCUACACACAAAAUGGCACGACUUCCGCUGAUUUACACUUUAUCCGAAACUGAGGCAGAGGUAUCUUCAAAUGUUCACAUUACUCAUGCUGCAGAAUCAUACGAUCAUUAUUUCUCUUCCAUUCAACCAGAAUUCUUUGCAUUGGGUUAUUCAUGUCUUGCAUCAACCAGUAAAGUGCAUGAUGAUUCUGUGAUCAUAACCCGCGAAUCGGUACAGAAAAUGAACGAAAAAGAGCAAGAAGCAGCGGAAGUGAUUUUAAACGUAAAUGUAGAACGUACACCGUCAAUUUUCAAACAUGAUGCACGUAUUUUACGAUCGAUAGAUGAGAGUGUUAUUAUAUCUCGGCAUGAACCACGAUAUACAAGAGCAGAAGAAGUAAUCCAAACUAAUAAUAUACUUUUAAUUGGUGAUCAGCGUGUUCUGCAGCAACAUCAAUCUAUGGUUAAUGCUGUGACAACAGUUGUACUUGAAAAGCCGCCACAGCGAGCUUUGCGUGAAAUCAUUUGCUUAUAUAACGAAAAGGAGCUUGUAAGCAAGGCGAAAAUUCAAGCCGUCAGUACAGUUGAUCUUAAGCAAAUUGAAGUUGUCAAUGAGCUUAUCAGUACCAUUAUGGCUACGAAGGGAAAGUUCCGCGAAGCAUAUGCAGAAGCAGACGUAGACGUAAGACGUCCGGAUUCCAUAUUUGAUCAUUUCAUAACUGUUGUUGAAUCGGAACACGAAUAUCUCAAAAUACAUUUGGUUGCAUCGGUAGUUGUGAGGAAUCUUGCCACUUCCGAUUUUCACUUACAACAAAAACCGGAAUCAUUCCAUGCAGAAUCAGUGUAUAAUGAAUAUCUCAGAGCGAAUGCUACUGCUGAGCAACGAAUCAUUAUACUGCAGAGUUCAUUCCAAAAAUUCAGCGAAACUAUUACAUGGGAGUUGAAAAAGGUUGCUAAGGAAGCAAUCGAGAGUGGCACAACAGUAGCGCAUGCAAAUAUUAAAGUAUACAAACCGGAAGAGAUCGGUGAGCAUGAAACAACAAUUUCCGAUGCAAGGAAAAUGGUUCCAGAAUUAUUUGCUAUCGCUGCUGCAGCUAGUAAACUUAAGCUUACCAGCGUUUUUGUAACAUUCACUAAGAAGGGCGAUGUUGCACAUCAAGCGCUUGUUAUCGAAUAUGAAAGUUUUGUGGCAGAUGAAGCAACUCUAAAUGUGGCUGUGCUUACUGCUCCUGGAUUUCAUUCAAGACAGGAGAGUAUUUGGUCAUAUGAAAAGAAAUAUGAAAAAUCUGAGGAAACCGAACCUAAUGUUGUAGCCGUGUUUUUGGAAAUUAAUGCUACAUGUCCAAAUCAGAUGGUUGAAUUGAUAGCAUCAGUUAGCCUACCGCCAUCUGCUCCUGGAAUCAUGGAUGUAACUCAUUCUUCACAGUCACAUUUCGAAUCGCCGUCUUCUGUUUCUUGGUCCGAAUCUUCAUCCGCAGGACUACUUCAAGUGCCACAAUUCAUCAAAAGAUUGGAAAAUAUGUCAGCAAUAGUUGGAGAAUUCCAUCAAUUCAAGUGUAUUGUUAGUGGUGCACCAGCACCAAUGAUACGAUGGUAUGUGGAUGGCGAUAUCAUUCAUGAUUCAGAUGUUUAUCAAACUAUCUACGAAGAUGGUGUUUGCAUUCUGAAAAUUCGAGAACUUGCAAUUGAAGAUGAAGGUGAAUAUACCUGUGAAGCGACGAAUGAUGCUGGUCAAGCAAUCACGAAAUGCUUCUUGCAAAUUAUCACGGAAGAUGAUGCUUUGAAAUAUCAGCAACAAGCUAUGCUUGAAAAUCUGUACAGCAACAAUGGCGGCAGUAACAACGACGCUAACGACAAUUUGGCAUACCGGGAUAAUAUUAAUUCAUUUAGUAAUGUUAAUGGGAAUCGUAUAACUAAGCGUAAUAGCUUAAUACAGCAGAAUAGUAGUAGUAGUAAUCAUCGGAAACAAUUUCUUAUGAUCAAUUGUGAGUUUGCUCGAAGUGAACCAAUGAGUGCUGAGACAGCGGUAAUUGUAACACGUUAUAUUCCCCCAUCGGAAGAAUUUCGUAAAAAUUUGGCAUCGGAGGAGCGAAGUUUUAAUAUUUCUGUUUUUCUACCAAGUGCCACAAUGGAAUGUGAUUUUAUUUGGGCACUCACCAAUUCCGAAACUAUUGCGUUACGUCUGAUGUCGUCGUUUCAGGCGACAGAUUUUAUAAUUCAAAAUUGUCUAUCGCAACAAAUAGAGAGAGCUGAUUUGAUACUAUUUGUGAAGAAAUUAACAUUUGCAAAUGUUUCAUUUGCCAUUUGUCAACCAUGGGAAGAAAUUUUAUUGCUUAAAAAACCCGAAAGCGCAUUAGCUUCGGAUAGUGAAUUUUGUCAGGUGCAGAAAGCACGACUGGAAUUCUUCACCAAAAGUUCUAAUGAGAAGGGCUGUAGCAAAGAUGAAUUUAUGAAAAAUAUCGCAUUGGAAAUGGUAGUUGAUAAUGUUGAAGGAAAUAAUGCAACAAAUUUGAUUAUUCAAGGAAAUCCGACACUUCAAAUGGAAGAAAGUGUUAAUAAUUCGGAAAAAGUAAUAAAUGAACAAAAUGAAAAGGUGAUUCGCUAUAAAGAUGAGAAAGAGGAUUCACGAAUUUCGAUUAUUCCUCAAGAAAUGAUUUGCAAAGAGAAAGAAAUUGCUGCUAACAUUUUAACCAAAGAUGGUGAAAAUAAGUUCAAGUGUCAAACACCUGGAGAAAAUCCAGGAAUCAGUCCCAGUACCUUAAUUGCAAUUCGGCGAUAUAUAGAUGAGUUACUUGAUUUUAUUCCUGAUAUACCAAUAGGCAUUUCUAUCGAUGCAAGUAGCAACAUACAAAACAAAUUCAAUAACCUGAAUACUACAAGCAGUCAGAUGGAGAAUGAUUUCUCAAAGGAUUUUGUUAAUGAAGAAUACUUGAAUUGCUCAUUUGAUCGCAAAUCGGAGUAUGUCGAGACAACUCGAGAUUUUUCGGCAUCAGAAUUAACUUCAGCCAGCAAUCAUGUAACAGGAAAUCCUUUAUCACCUGGGACUGCCUACUUAAAUUCAAAUCCAAAUACCCAAAAUAGGAUGCCUUACAAAGAAAGCGUUGAAACUACAGCAGCAAUUAGUUCAUUAGCAUGUGAAGUGGAUUAUGAUUUAAAUAAGGAUUCGAGAAAAAAUCUUGAUAAUCCUAGUAGUGAAGAAAGCCACAGCAUAUCAGGACAAAAUCUUGAUAAUCCUGGUAGUGAAGAAAGCCACAGCAUAUCAGAUACUUUUAAUAGCUUGAGCACAUUAGAUAUGCAAUCAUCUCAUCAUAUAGAAACUUAUCCAUUACACUUUAUAAAUUCGAUAGAAAGUACAGAUGUCACUGCUGCAACUUUUGAUGCCAGCGAAGAGUUUGAGGUUUACAGUAGUGCUUCAGCAAAUUCUAGGUUACAACAUGAUGAAAGUUUUUCGACAUCAGCACAUGUGAAUAAGUGUAACCUUUCUCUACUGGAAACUGAUCUUUCGAAGGCUUACCCCGUUAAUCCUGAAAUUGUUGACACUUCAACUUUAAAAUAUCAGAAUAUCAGAAUAGAAUCACCCUUACCUUAUGAAACCGCUACCGAUGUGUUAUUAUCAGGGAUCAGAGCAGUCGAUGAAGUUUGUAGAGAAGUUGAAAGUGAAAUUAAAAUGAAAUCAGAGGAUAACGAAGAAGCACUUCAAAUUGAACGUGCAAUAUACGAUAUAUCCGAACGGAUAGAACACCAGCAAGCUUUAACAGAAGCACAGGCGGAGGCAAGUGAAGAACUUUUAAAAACUAUACUUGAAAAUAUUAUCAAGAACACAGGACAAAGUAGUAUUAUAGAAACAAUGGCCGCUUAUAAAAAACCGGUCGUAUUACUACGAGAAAAGUUGACAGAUCUGGAAGAAACAUUGAAGAGAGAAGAUUUAGAAUUCAGAGAAUCAUCAAUGAAAUCAAUUCCGGAAACACAAUUCGCAUUCUCAAAAUCAUUCAGUGUGGAAAGUGAAUAUGCAAAAUCUAUCAGGGAAAGUUCGGUCGAGAGAGAAAUUUGUGCAGUUUCAUUGUAUAAUUUGCAACAAAUUGGAAAUAUCAAUAAGCAAGAGAUUAAACGGAUGACACCUUUAACAUCAAACAUUAAAGAACAGCUUCAAAGUUUGGAGUGUAUGCUUGAGGAAGUUGAGGAGGUAGGAAGAGAUGACAUGAAAGAAUUGACUACAGAAACUCAAAGUGUAUUCCCGGCAUAUUCUAAUGCCAAGCAACGUGAAGUGCAUAACAUUUUAAUGCAAAUUAAUCGUGAAAUAAGUAUCAUCAAACGAUGCUGUCAAAGAAAUAUCUCGAAGGCGAGCGUGGAUGCUGCAGUCGGUUUGUUGCAUAAAGUUCGCAACAAUGUUUCUUCAAUGAUUGAUCUUAUAUCAUUGUAUAGAAAAAGAUUGCGAAAAAAAUCUCCUACUGAAAUAGAAAUAAAUGUUAAUAGAGAACGAAUGAAAUCAUCAAAACGAUCUCGUCAUCAUUUAUCGCCGUGUUCCAGAACUGGAUUCUUUUUCAAAACCGACACUUCAGUGAAUUUAUACUUUGUGAAACGUGAGGAAUCAGAAAUUAUCAAUGCUAUUGUCAAACUAUUUAGUUCAUCUGACAAAUCUGGAAAUAAAAUGUCAAAAAGUGAAAAUUCUGAAAUUUCCACUUACGACAAUGCAGUUUUUGAUGAUGAAAAUAAUAAGGCUGUACAAGGACUAGGAAUUGAUCCAUUAUGGACACUUGUCACUGAGUCAGAAAAGGAUGAUAAAGUUAUCUUACCAGAUGUCGUUGGUCCAGAAAGAGCAUUUUCACCACAUUCUGUUCAGGAUUCUCAAGCAGCUCCAGUACGCCCGCCACGAAGGCGAAGAGAAAAUAUCCAGCAGAAAGCUAGUUCUCCACCUCCGAUUCCACCACUUCGUUUAAAGUGUCGUUCUAAGUCGUGUGAUCAUAAAAAUCUUAUUAUUCGAUCAUGUUCUUCUGAUACACUUAAUUAUCCCAAUAUGGCAACCAAUAUGCGCGAGGUGGGAAAAAUGCUGCAGUCAGAUGCUCUAAUUUAUGCGGGUGAUCAAUUAGAUUCAGUGAGUAAUAUUAAUUCACUGGACAUGGAAGGGCCAAAUACAUUGAUGUCUGAACAAAAAUCUAAAAAUUUUAGUGAAGAGGACAUUAGUUACGAAAGAAUUAUUAGGAAAAUGGAAAGCUUUUGCAGCUCUUCGUACGCUUGGCCGUCUAAAGAAGAGUAUCAUAUUACAUUGGAAAUGUUUGAUGAAUCAAGUUCUGUGCAACUUGUAUGCGAGGAUUCUGACUAUGCGCCGGAAUCAGUUAUGCAUUCAUUUUUGUUAUUUGAGCCAACGAAUAGGGUUGAAGAAGAAACCGAAGGAGUGCUUUUACAAACGCUAGAACUUCUGUCGGAUUUGAAUACCAGUAAAGCCGAAACUAUUACUGAAGAUACUACAAAACUGGAGGAAAGUUUAGCUGGAGUAAAAAAUAAAAUGGAAGAGAAAAAGUUCACAACUCCUGAAUUAGAUGCAAGUUACAUUCAAAAUAAUUCAGAAUACCUAGUCGAUACGAGCCAGAGAAUAAAUGAAAACUCGAAAUUGAUCGAAAAUCCGAGAAGCAAUACAUCCGAAGAAGCGGAAUUCGAAGCUCUUCAAAAGCCAACACAGCAUUUUCAUGUUUCCUCAGGCUCAAAAUCGCAGGAGUUGUCGAUAACAAAUCCAUUAGAUGAAACGAACUCUUUACAUGAAAUUGAAUCAAUUGAUGAUAAAGAUGAAAAUUUGGAUGAAUUAGAUGAUCUAAUGGUAAUAUGCAAUCCUCAUGCCGGUGUUAUUGAUGGCGUCGAUUUAUUACCGACAAUAAUGGAAGACAGUGAAAGCUCUAAAAUUGCAAAUUCAUUUAUGUCUGUCAGCACAAAUACUGUGAUUGCUCUUAGCACAUCAAAUAUUGAUGAAGAGGAAAGUGAUAUUGCAACAUCUUCAACACUAGAAUCAAAAUCAGAAUUCACCGGUAAAGCUAUUAAAAUGCCCUUAAAUAGAAGCGAUGUGGACGAUGUCAACUAUUUAGAUAGUUACAAGAAAAGAAUAAUUCUGAUAUGUGAAAGUGACGCUGAACAAGUAACAGAGGAAACUGCAAUCAACAUAAGUUAUAAGAAGCCAUCGAAUAAGCUCAAGGUGCUAGCACUCUUAUCACCUGAGGUACAAGCUAAGGCUGAAGCAAGUAUGGUUAUUGGGGAAGAUUUUGAUGUUCUAGUUGAACAACCAGAUGAAACACAAGACUCUGUCAUAAAAAUUUUAGAUUAUAUAAGCGAUUCGAUUAGUCUUGAUUUGACUCUUCCAAGCACAGUUGAAGUGAAUUUGUCGCUAAAACGCAAUGAACAGUGCGAAGGUACUCUAUCUUAUCAAAUUAAAAAUUUAGCUGAUGGUGAAAUUGACCAAGAGCGAGUAAGUAUCACGAGUGAUAAUCAUCAUCAUUCAGCUAAUGAUGAGGAACGAUGUACCGGUAUUUCUGUUAACAUUAUUGCGCGAAGUAUGCAUGACGUUGCACGAGCCUCACUGGAAGAAAUUGCUUGGGGUGAAGUAUCCAUGUAUAUUAUGAUGCAAUCUAUUACGACUCGUCCGAUAACUGAUUCAGAAACCAGAAAUUCGCUAAUUCAAGAUGUGACUGUAUCGGAAUCGAAUGAAACUGAAAAACGUUCUCUACGUUCUCAUGAUUCUUUCCGCUCAUCAUCAUAUCAGUCCUUUGAUUGGAACGAAUUUGGUGAUCGAAAUGGCAGUGGACAAAAUUUAAACAUACCAAGCUAUGUGGUUAGGGAAGGAUCAACUGCUACAAUCACGUGCGAAUUCAACAAUUUUUUAAGUCCUGGAAGUUUGAUUGAAUGGUUCAAGGGUAAAGCUAUGAUGCAAAUUGUUCCCGGAAAAACGGAUCGCAUAAGCCACGAUCUGUUGGAGGUGCUGAUUAUUUCACACGUGAACCUAACGGACGGUGAUAUUUACAGCAUUAGAGUUAAUGAUGUUGUUUAUCCCGUUGCAUGCCUCAUUAUAGAAAAUGUCGAUGCGUCCUCUGAAAAAAUUAACAGUGAUGUACACUUCAUAAGCCCACCGCAAACACUAUUUGUGAUGGAAGGACAACCAUCAAUUAUUUCCUGUCAAGUAAACAGUGCUGAUCAGAAAAUUGAAUGGUGUAAAGAUAAUAAAAAGUGGGUGACUGAAAAUGAGAGAAUAAGAUUAGAAGCAGAUCAAUUCGGUUAUCAUCGGAUAAUUAUUGAUAAGUCUGAACUAGAAGAUCAGGGAACUUAUUAUGCUUUUUUGGGUGAUCAUUUCACAACAAUUACACUGGUUGUUGAAGAACGCAUUGAUGAACGUGAAGUGACAAUCACCGCAUUGGGAACAGACACUGAAGAUGAUGAUUAUCGUGAGUAUCUGGUACCUUUGGGUAGUACAGCAACAAUUGCUUGUGAGCUGGAAAAUAGCGAUGAGAUUCAAGAAUUGGUAUGGCGCAAAAAUGAUACACGAAUUGAGUUUUCGGACAAUGCAAAAGUUGAACAUGUAGUGAAUGGUUUAAAACAUUAUCUAGUGAUUCAUGAUACACAAGCUGAUGAUUCAGCAUCUUAUAGCGUCUGUAUUAAUGAUAUCGAAUUUAAGAUUGCUCAUCUGAUAGUUAGCAAUUAUGCAACAGCUAUCGAAGAGUAUGCAAGUCAAGUUACGGUGGAAGAAUCGAUGGUGCCAGUCGGUUCAGCUGCAACAAUUCACUGUGAAACCAUUACCCAACAAUAUUCGUUGGAUUGGCGCAAAAAUCUCCGACCUAUUAUGCAAGAUGAACGAAUUGAAAGGAAAGAUACAGCCGAUGGCUUUGAGCAUAGUCUUACAAUUUACAGUGUUCGGAAGAGUGACGAAGGGGAAUAUGGCGUUGUAAUUAAAGAUUCAUAUACAGCCGUUACUAAAAUAACUGUAAUUGAAUCGCAAGAGCAAAUAGCCAUUGAAGAUUUCGACAUCUCAUUACAUCCAACACAAUCAGUGAUGAAUGAAGCCUUCGCGCAAUUACAUGAUCGUGUCAAUCUUCAGCAAACACAGACCGUGGAGGCGUAUCAAUUAUGCAACAUGGAAGAAUAUUUUGAUUUGCGAUUUUCCAUGCAAUCGCUUGAAAUUCCAGUAGUUAUAAUUGAAAAACGAUCUGUAUCGGUCAGCUAUCUUUCACGGGAAGCAUCCAUUCAGGCAUUGGAGAGAGAGAUUCACAUACACCGUGAGCCUUCUUAUGAAACUAAUGAGGAUUUGACUUUUAUGGAAAUAACCGUUAUUGAGUGCAAUUUUGUAACAACAGAUGUUCGUUUUGAAUUCACAUCUUCUACUUCAAUUGGUCAUGCUGUUGCUGAAACUGUAGUACUAACACUGGUUGCGCAACAAUAUGUCCAAAUUCAUCUCAGUUCACAACUUACUGAACUUAGAACUAGUUUUAUAAAACAGCCCGGUUCGCAACAAUUAACCGUCGUUACAAGUGUACCGCAAAAAAUUGUCGAAAAAUUAGGAAUAAAAUUAGGUGAUCGAUGGGUGAAGUUAGAUGUGGUAUUGUUGUCACCAAUGCGAACUACAGCAACGGAUGUUAUGAACAAAAUUCCCAGGAUGAUAACACUAGAAAUGGACUUUCUUCCAUUAAUGUUUGAAAAAUGCGACAAGAACAUCACAUUUGACAAAGCAUCAGAACGAGAAUAUUUUGACGCUGUGGCAUUAACAAAAUCAAUUACAUAUCCAGAUAAGAUUAGAAAACAGUUUACCAUAAACGUCGUCUGGUUGGAAUGCAUAGUUGUAUAUAAAGUACCGCAAGUUUUUAACAUCGUAACUAAAAUUGAUGAUGCUCAAAAGGAAAUAUUCUAUCUGCAAUGCAAAGCUUCUAAAACGGAUACAGUCGAUGAAAUUUUCACAGUCUGUGGGCCCAUUCAACAACAAGAUGCUGCAGUAACAUUUCCAGAAACUUUGUUUGCAGCAACAAAAAGAAAUUAUGGUGAUUCAAUUUCGUCUUUGGAAACAACGUUAAGAUCACACAUUGAUCAAAAUCUGCUUAUAAGCAAGGAAUUACCGUUGAUUCGAAUGGAAAUGAUCAGUAUGCAGCUGAUGGCUUCAGUGCUUGAAAUAAUUCCAGUAACUUACAGUUUUUCGAAGCCUACACAGAAUGAAAGUUUGGAAAUGAAAAUAUUUAUGAAACCUCUUAAACAGUAUGAAAUGAAUCAACGUAAUUUCGUUGACAGCGUCGCAAAACUUGACAUAAAGAUUUGGUCGCAGAUCGAGCGUAACUUUUCCGUUACCUCUGACUUCCAAGCAAGAGAAUUAGAUCGAGUGAACGCAAAAUUUUUCAGUCCAAUUAUAGAGUAUUUCGAUGUCUCGACAGCUUUCAGUAUUCAACCGAAAAUGGAUGCAGUAAUAGCUACUUUACGAAUGAAGGCACCAAAAAUUGUUAGAAAAAUAAGUCGGCCGUUUUCAGAUGCCGUUGUAAGUGUAAUUUCAGAAUGCUGGCCUCAUACUUCUCAGGAAUUUUAUGCAGAUGCUGUUUUUGUAACACCACGAACAGAUGUAUGCGUAGAAAAUUUCAGAGCUUCAACUUUUGAAAAUCUAUAUGUUAUCAUAUCGUUUGAGAUUCAGUCGCGGGCAAACAGUGCUGCUGUAACAUUAUUGGUACGAGCACCUACAAUCAUUGAAAGAUUUAGCUUUAUGUUUUCCAAUGAUUUGAUUCAAGAGGAAGAAUUCCGGCCGCGACUUCACCACAGUUUGGAAGUAGCUCAAGAAGAUAGUUUGAUUAAGAACAUCAAAAGUGCAGAAUGUGAUGAAAAAAAUAUUGCGGUCAUUAUUGAAAUGCGGCCGGAAAAGGAAAGUACAGAAUUCACACUGCUAAUCCCACUUCCAGCAAUAAUUGAGGAGGUUAGUCGGUUAUUCUCGGAUACUAUCGUGAACCUAAUUACUGAGCUACACAUGGAUAUGCAAGAUUUCCACACAAAUAGUGAUAUUUUAAUCGCUCGGACGUGUGCACUUCAAAUGUAUCUGAAAGCUUCGAAAGAAGCAAAUAUUACUGUACUAGCCGGAUUUUGCAUCCAAGAUGAAAUCAAAAACAUCAUGGCUACUUUGCUAACACGGUCGGCUACAGUUAUUGAAAGAAAUGAGCGUAAAUUUUCAGACAAUGUGGUGAAGUUUGUAAUCGAACUAUGGUCGCAAGUUUGUCGAGAAGCUUUUGCAGACGCUGACAUUUAUAUUGCUAGAAAUAAUAAGACGCAGAAACAGUUGAAGGCUUCAGUUGCAGAAGAUACGCAUGCUUCGAUAGCAUUGGAAGAAAACUCUGAAGCUGAAGAGCUCGAAGUGACUUUAUUAGAGCUAGUUCAGCCCGACACAUACAAAUUAAAUCGUUUUUUUACGUAUAGAACUGUUGAUUUGAUGGCUACAUUAUGGUUUCAGCCCCAAAACAUCUUCUGCGCUGAUAUAAAUGUAGCGGUUAAACGAAAGGAGAGUAAUCAGUCGAAUUUGAGAGCUUCUGGUAAAGAAUGUAUAAAUAUGUUAACCAGUUUUGAAGUGCAAUCACAAAUAAAAAAUGCUACAAUAGUAUUACUUGCUCGAUCACCGAUCAUUGUAGAGGAGACAAGCAGGACCUUCUCAUCAAAUUUCACAAAAAUAACUUCCGAAAUAUUUUCAACAGUGAAUAGAGAUCUACAUGCAUACUUUGAAGCAAUGAUUGUAGUGCAUGAAAUUGCUGAAACAUGGAUAGAAGCAGCAAAAGAAGAGAAUCUACGUAUUGAAGUGUGCUUCGAAGAGGAAUCGGAAACAUAUUACGCAGAUGCUAUUAUAUCAACUGUUCAGAUGGAAAGACAGCUUAUGAUUGCAAGAACCCCAUAUCUUGAAAACGUCGAAAUUUAUAAUUCCUUUGAGUUCUGCCCAAAAGAGGAGCUGUCAUCGAUCACUGUUACACCUGAACAAAUUAUUGAGGUCACCGAAAAGAGGUACAGCAUUGAGGUGACAAAACUUGAUGUUGAAAUCUAUUGUCGCGUUUUAAAUGAAGUUGUGGAGACAGACCUCAUGGAAUCUAAGCUACUGGUAUCUUGUAGUUACGAAACUUACGAUGAGCGAUCAUUGUGUUUGUUUGCACAGGGAUUUAUUGAAGACAUUAUUAAAAAAGAAUAUGAACAUCUCACGCAGGAGUCAGAAGAAAAUAUUAGUAUAAUGAUUGAAUUGUGUCACAAUCCAACAAUACAGUCUUCUGAAAUUGAUUUACUAAAUAUAUAUCAACAAAAGCGAACAACCGAGAAUGCAGGCAUUUCAAGUAUAUACGAAUCAACUGGUGAAAUUAGCACGUCUUAUGCAGCUCCUCAAUUUGCUGUAAAUUUAAAUGAAAUUUACGUGAUCGAAGAAUUUGCAACUCAUUUAUUCAAAUGUAUUAUUUAUGGGACACCUACGCCACAUGUCCGAUGGUACCGCAAUGGGCAAGCCGUCAUUCCGAACGAUAAUAUAAUAGAGAUUGCUGAAGAUGGUAUCUACAUACUGAAAGUAAAUAGCGUGGAUAGAAGUUGGAACGGAAAUCUGAUUUGUGAAGCAGAAAAUUCAGUUGGAAAAGCUCGCACAUAUUCCAUUAUUCAAGUUCAAAGAUCAGAAGAAAAUUCGACAAGUAGCUCUUCAACUGGAGGACAAAAACCCGUGAUCCAGCUAUCGCUAAAUAAUGAAAUACAUGUUAAAAAAGGAGAAAAUGUCCAACUCAAAUGUAUUGUAUCCGGAAGUCCGUUGCCUUCAGUGCAGUGGAAGCGCAACGAUGUCGUUAUCGAAAAUAAUGAGCAUUAUUCGAUUAUAUUUGAUGAUGGGAUCUGCAUUUUGCGUAUUUUAAAUGUCACAGAAGAGGACAAUGCAAUUUUCAGUUGCACAAUGAUGAAUUUGUUCGGUUCCGCAAAAACCGAAAGCAAAAUAAUUGUUGAAGAAGUUCACUUAGCAGAUACAACUAGUCUAAAAGAGGAGGAAAGUUCGAUUACAAGAAGCAUUAUGGAGGAUCGUACCAUUGGUGUAAUAUCACCAGAUUCAAUGUCUUCACAAGAUUCAUUCACCACUCAAUUCCAAGCACCUCAAUUUACUCUACCGCUGAAUGACAUAACCAUAAGAGGAACCGAAGAACUGCAACUUAAAUGUAUUGUUACGGGUGAACCAAUGCCGGCAAUUCGUUGGACAUGUAAUGGCAGAGAAAUUCAAGCAGACAACAGGAAUAUAUUUACCGUUUGUGAGGAUGGUAUUGUCAUAUUGAAAAUCACGAAUGGUGAUAAAGAAGGACUGUACGUAUGUGAAGCAAUAAACGGUAUUGGAAGUGCACAAACUCAAAGUUUUGUUCGUAUAUAUAGCUCGGAAAUCUCACUUACAACAGUAAUGAAACUGGAAGAUACCAUAGAUUCAGUUGAGGCUGAAGUUUUGUCAAUUUCGACAUCAAAAUUCUGCUCAACUGCUGAUGUAACUGAAAAGAGAAAUGAAAUGAUUGAGCAAGAUCUGGAAGGAGAAAAAUUAAGCAAAACAUUCGAUGAAGAGGAAAUCACUGUCGAUCAAUAUAUCCCAAUAGGCACACUGAAUUAUUUGAUUGAGGCGGAAGCAAUAACAAUAACAGUUAUGAAUUAUAAACUUUUUGGUCGUGUAAAAUUGGAAGAGAAAUCAAAAAAAAUGAAAGAGGAGAAGUUAUUUAAAAUAAUCAUUGAAGAAGAAGCUAUUCGCACGCGAACUUAUUUAAGAGUGGUCGAACGCAGUGCAAAACAAUUCUGGACACUUCAAGGUCGUACCACUGAAAGACCUCCAUAUUGGAGUCGAGAAAUUAUUAAUGAAAGAGUAGAAUUCGAGAAAAUAUUUCAAAAUGAUGAUAUACACGAAUUUUUAGAAGAUAAAAACAUUAUUGAACGUUAUGUUCAGCUUUUAAAGAUGAAAGAAACAUCAGAAAGCAGUGAAGAAUGCGAAACUCGAUUUAAGCUUCACCAGAUCGAAAGUCCACCAGAAACAUUAGAAAAACGACAGCUGGAAAUACACGAAGAACAGACUGGGAGUCUUUUUGAGGAUAUCGGUGUCUUCACAAGUGUCCACUGCAUAGCAAAUGCAGUACAUCAUGCUGUAGAAGCAUAUGUAAUUCUCAUUACACGUUACCUAUACAAAGCAACAUUUGAUAUUCGAUCUGCUCUAUGCCGGAUGAUUGCUAGAGAAGAUGAAUUUGAAGCUUCUAUUGAAGAAUCAGUGAAAAUACAGAAAUAUUCCUCCCAUUCAAUUUUGAGGCCACCGCAUUUCAUUCAAUCACUUACUGUCUUUGAAGAAGGUUCGAAUACAGGAUUGCGCUGCUCUGUUUACGGUCUACCAGUACCACAUAUUCGAAUUUCGCAUAAUGGAUGCCCAAUCUUGAGAAGUAAUAGAUUCUUUCAUGUAGUCUACAAGAGUGGUGUCGUUACACUGUACAUGCAGCAUAUUCUUGAAGGACAUUAUGUAUGUGAAGCCAUCAACACAGCUGGACGGGCUAUUACAGAAUGCUAUAUUCAAGUCGAUGAAGCAUGGGAUGAAAAACAACACAGGAAAAUCCGAAGAAUACAAGUUGAAAACGCAUCCAAAACAACGAAAUACGCAGAGACAAGUUCCAAAAACAACGAAAUACUACCAAUGACCUCACAAACAUUGACGUCUCAAUUAGAAUAUGAACAUCGAAAACAAAUCAACGAAGCGGUGGUGUCAAUGGAAAAUAUUGACUCACCAAAGGAAGCAAAGAAAGAGCAACUAGGACAAGAAAUUGUUGAUAAACUACAGGAGGCAAAAGAGUGGAUUGUUGAAGAAAUAGAAGAAAAAGCUGUCGACGAAUUCAUUGAGAUAGAAGCCGUGUUAGAUUUAGAAAAACAAAUCGAACAUGAAAUUAUUGUUGUUUCGAUCGUGCGUGUGACUUCAGAAUCCGCUCAAAAUUCGACUUUCUUAGAAAAGAAAGCAAUCAAAGAGCAACAUACAGAAGAAAUUUCUGAAGAAGCAGAGAAACCUAAAGAGAGGAUUGUUGAAGAAAUAGAAGAAAAAGCUGUCGAUGGAUUCACUGAGAUAGAAGUCGCGCUAGAUAUAGAAAAACAACUGGAAAAUGAAAUUAUUGAUAUUUCGAUUGUGCACGUGACUUCAGAAAAUGAAGCAAAGAAAGACCAAUCUGGACAAGGAAUCAUUGAAAAAGUAGAGCAGCCGAAAGAGAGAAUUGUUGACGAAAUAAAAGAAAAAGUUCUCGACGAAUUCACUGAUAUAGAAGUCACGUUGGAUUUAGAAAAGCAAAUCGAACACGAAAUUGUCGUUGUUUCAGUCGUGCCUGUGACUUCAGAAUCGGUUCAAAAUUCGUUACUCCUAGUAAAGGAAGCAAAGAUAGAGGAACAUCGACAAGGAAUUGUUGAUAAACUAGAGGAGCCGAAAGAGAAGAUUGCUGAAGAAAUAAAAGAAAAAAUUGUCGAUGAAUUCAAUGAGAGAGAAGUCGCGUUGGAUUUAGAAAAACAAAUGGAACAUGAAAAUGUUGACGUUGGGAUCGUGCGCAUGACUUCAGAAUCGGUUCAAGAUUCGGUACUUUUAGCAAAGGAAGCAGGAAUGGAGCAACAUAGUGAAGAAAUUGUUGAAAAAGCAAAGAAGCCGGAAGAGAAGAUUGCUGAAGAAAUAGAAGAACAAACUGUCGACAAGCUCAUUGAUACAGAAGUCGCACAAGAUUUAGAAAAACAAAUGGAACAUGAAAUUAUCGAAGUUUCGAUUGUAGGUGUCAUCUUAGAAUCGGCUCAAUAUUCUAUUCCCUUAGCAAAGGAAGCAAAGAUAGAGCAACCUGGACAAGAAAUUGUUGAUAAACUAGAGGAGCCGAAAGAGAAGAUUGCUGAAGAAAUGAAAGAGAAAAUUGUCGACGAAUUCAAUGAGAGAGAAGUCGCGUUGGAUUUAGAAAAACAAAUGGAACAUGAAAUUGUCGACGUUGGGAUCGUGCCCAUGACUUCAGAAUCGGUUCAAGAUUCGGUACUCUUAGCAAAGGAAGCAGGAAUGCAGCAGCCUAGUGAAGAAAUUGCUGAAAAAGCAGAGAAGCCGAAAGAUAAGAUUGCUGAGGAAGUAAAAGAAAAAAUUGUCGACGAAUUCAAUGAGAGAGAAGGUGCGUUGGAUUUAGAAAAACAAAUGGAACAUGAAAUUAUCGAAGUUUCGAUUGUAGGUGUCAUCUUAGAAUCGGCUCAAUAUUUUAUUCCCUUAGCAAAGGAAGCAAAGAUAGAGCAACCUGGACAAGAAAUUGUUGAUAAACUAGAGGAGCCGAAAGAGAAGAUUGCUGAAGAAAUGAAAGAGAAAAUUGUCGACGAAUUCAAUGAGAGAGAAGUCACGUUGGGUUUAGAAAAACAAAUGGAACAUGAAAAUGUUGACGUUGGGAUCGUGCGCAUGACUUCAGAAUCGAUUCAAGAUUCGGUACUCUUAGCAAAGGAAUCAGGAAUGGAGCAACCUAGUGAAGAAAUUAUUGAAAAAGCAAAGAAGCCGGAAGAGAAGAUUGCUGAAGAAAUGAAAGAAAAAAUUGCCGACGAAUUCAAUGAGAGAGAAGUCGCGUUGGAUUUGGAAAAACAAAUGGAACAUGAAAUUGUUGACGUUGGAAUCGUGCGCAUGACUUCAGAAUCGGCUCAAUGUUCUAUUCCUCUAGCAAAGGAAGCAGGAAUGGGGCAACCUAGUGAAGAAAUUACUGAAAAAGCAAAGAAGCCGGAAGAGAAGAUUGCUGAAGAAAUAGAACAAACUGUCGACAAGCUCAUUGAUACAGAAGUCACACUAGAUUUCGAAAAACAAAUGGAACAUGAAAUUAUCGAAGUUUCGAUUGUACGUGUCAUCUUAGAAUCGGCUCAAUAUUCUAUUCCCUUAGCAAAGGAAGCAAAGAUAGAGCAACCUGGACAAGAAAUUGUUGAUAAACUAGAGGAGCCGAAAGAGAAGAUUGCUGAAGAAAUGAAAGAAAAAAUUGUCGACGAAUUCAAUGAGAGAGAAGUCACGUUGGAUUUAGAAAAACAAAUGGAACAUGAAAUUAUCGAAGUAUCGAUUGUAGGUAUCAUCUUAGAAUCGGCUCAAUAUUCUACUCCCUUAGCAAAGGAACCAAAGAUAGAGCAACCUAGUGAAGAAAUUAUUGAAAAGGCAAAGAAGCCGGAAGAGAAGAUUGCUGAAGAAAUGAAAGAAAAAAUUGUCGACGAAUUCAAUGAGAGAGAAGUCGCACAAGAUUUAGAAAAACAAAUGGAACAUGAAAUUAUCGAAGUUUCGAUUGUAGGUAUCAUCUUAGAAUCGGCUCAAUAUUCUAUUCCCUUAGCAAAGGAAGCAGGAAUAGAGCAACCUGGACAAGAAAUUGUUGAUAUACAAGAGGAGCCGAAAGAGAAGAUUGCUGAAGAAAUAGAACAAACUGUCGACAAGCUCAUUGAUACAGAAGUCGCACUAGAUUUAGAAAAACAAAUGGAUCAUGAAAUUAUCGAAGUUUCGAUUGUAGGUAUCAUCUUAGAAUCGGCUCAAUAUUCUACUCCCUUAGCAAAGGAAGCAAAGAUAGACCAACCUAGUGAAGAAAUUAUUGAAAAAGCAAAGAAGCCGGAAGAGAAGAUUGCUGAAGAAAUGAAAGAAAAAAUUGUCGACGAAUUCAAUGAGAGAGAAGUCGCACAAGAUUUAGAAAAACAAAUGGAACAUGAAAUUAUCGAAGUUUCGAU